CUCAGAAAAAAUCUAAGAAUUCUCAGCUGUCUUCUUCUUCUUCGGUCCCUGCCAAAAAUCUAGAAGAUUCUUAAAUCUCGUUUCUGCGGCGUAGGUGAAGUCUUAGCGAUAAGCUUUUUUGUAUCUUCAUUACAUUACUUUACCCUUACCCCCAUGGCUUCUUUCUGACGAAGAAGCGAAGAGAAGAGAAGGAACCAAGUUUCCUUGGAAAGGAUUGAACUUUUGUUUCUUUCUCUUCACUUCAUCUGCAACCAACCAACCAACAAAAAUGAUCAAGCUUUGCUACAUGAAUUCUCAUGGCUACUCAAUCCCUGGCCUUGGUCUUCCUCAUGAGCUCUGUAACACCGAAAUCAUCAAGCAGAAUAGCAGGUCUUAUCUUGUGAACCCCGGAGCAAGACAAGAGAUCAUACCUGCAAGCUCCUUCAAGCUGAAUCCGGACACCUUGGAACCAUGGAAACCGGUUUCUUCUUCGUUUAGCCAGUUCGUGGAGAUUGACUCAGCCAUGAUGAAACCUCUGCUCAUGGAUGUUCAUGAGACGGCACCAGAAUCUCUGGUUUUAAGCUUUGGAAUCGCUGACAAGUUUGCAAGACAAGAUAAGGUGAUGGAGUUUCUUCUGUCUCGGUCAGAGGAGUUUAAAGAAAAGGGAUUCGACAUGUCUUUGCUUAACGAAUUGAUGGAGUUAGAUGCUAUGAAAUCCAGUUCUCAGCUACGACCGUAUGAUACUUCCUCUGUUCUUUACUUGAAUCAAGAGUUAGGGAAACCGGUUUUAGAUCUUGUUAGGGAUAUGGUUGAUAAUCCAGAGUUCUCUGUGAGAUCGAAUGGUCACGUUCUGUUCUCUUCAAAUAGCAAUCCUGAGUUGAAUGAUCUACUUUCUAUUGCUUCCGAGUUCAAUUUGUCAAGGAAUUCAACAAGAUGGAGACAGCUCUCACCGCUCAUCCCACACUUUCAGAGGUUUGAAAGUGACGUAUUAGCACCGGUUAAUCUGAAAGCAGUUACAGUGCUAGCACCUUUGAAGAGUCCUGAGAAAACCAGGCUCAAGUCACCAAGGAAACAAAACACGAAGCGAAAAGCUAAAGAGAGGGACCUAUACAAAAGAAACCAUCUCCACGCUUACGAGAGCCUUCUGUCUUUAAUGAUAGGCAAUGAUCAUCAACACAAACAUGCAACAGUAGUCUCUUUACAGAAAUCAUGCGGAGAGCUCUCAGAACUUCUGACUCAGUUUUCAAUCAGUGUUGCUGGGACUGGAAUCGCUGUGCUCUUCUCUGUCGCAUGUAGCCUUGCUUCAAGGCGUGUACCCUUUUGCGCAAACAAGUUUUUCGACACUGGGCUUGGUUUCAGUUUGGUAAUACUUGCAUGGGCUGUGAAUAGACUCAGGGAGGUGAUUGUUCAUGCCAACAGGAAAGCAAACAAGCCAUGUUCAAGUUUGAAAGAUGACGAAAUCAUAAACAGUGUGGAGAAAAGCAUCAAGGAGGUUUACUUCAGAGCUGCGACGGUAAUCGCUGUGUUUGCGCUUAGGUUUGCAUGUUGAAUACUCACGAUGAGAGGUUAAAAUCUUGAUUUACUACUUCAUGGGAAGCUUAAAAGGUCGUUUGUAAAUGACGAAAACUUGUGUUAGUACCGAGCUGUAAAUGUGAAGAUGAUAUUGUGUUGUAGAACCUAAGAUUAAGUAAGAGGUGACGAGUUUUGAAGAGAAUAAAUGUUAUGCAAGAAUGCGUUUGAUA